AUGAUCCCGAGUUCGCCUGUCCCAGGCAGGUUGCCGGGCACGUCAGCCCCUGAGACUGGGCUGGUCGAUGUUGAGGGAACCACGAGAUCUGGAAAGGAAGAGAUAACAGGGGAAAGUGACUCUUCCGAAGUGAAAGAAUUCAAGGAAGGUGGAUAUGGCUGGAUGGUUGUCUUCUCAGUCGCCUUGGUCAACGCUCAUACAUGGGGCCUAAACUCAUCAUAUGCCGUGUUUCUUGCCUAUUACUUGCGCUCUGGAGAUAUCGCUGGCUCUUCACCGCUUGCCUUUGCUUUUGUUGGCGGUCUCUCAAUCUCGAUCUCGCUGCUCGUCUCUCCACUGGUGACAUGGUGUAUAGGGAGGUUUGGAACCAUACCUACGUUUCGGAUAGGGGUUGUGUUCGAAGCCAUCUCAUUUGUGGGAGCUUCCUUUUCGACUCACAUAUAUCACCUAAUCCUAAGCCAAGGAGUGUGUUUUGGAAUUGGUUUGGGGUUUUGUUUUACAGCAACAGUCGGUGUAGUGCCCCAGUGGUUUGUUAAGCGACGUUCCUUUGCCAACGCUGUGGCGACAUCUGGCUCUGGAUUUGGUGGCCUCACAUACUCCUUGGCCACCAAUGCCAUGAUAACCAACCUGGGGCUGCCAUGGGCUUUCAGAAUCCUCGCCAUUGUGGCGUUUGUGGUCAACGGUGGGUGCAGCUUGAUCCUCCGUGAUCGCAACAAGGCGGUCGGGGCGAAGCAUGUGCCCUUCCAUCUGGAUCUCUUCAAACUACCUGAAUAUUGGCUAUUCUUGGGUUGGGGCUUCUUUUCUCUCAUGAGUUAUGUCAUUGUUGUAUUUUCCAUCACGGACUAUGCUCAACAAGUUGGCUUCAGUGCCAGCCAGGGUUCCCUGGCUGCCGCCAUCUUCAACUUAUCGCAAGGCAUUGGAAGACCUCUCAUUGGAUUCGCCAGUGACCAUGUUGGGAGACUCAACGUCGCUGGCCUCGGGACGCUCACCGCCGGCGUGGUUGCUUUCUUCUUGUGGGUCUUCGCCGGGAAGUCGUACCCAGGGUUGAUCAUAUACGCCCUGUUCGGGGCGUUUGCCGGCAUCAUCUGGCCUUGUGUGGCUCCCGUUGGAGCUGAGGUGGUCGGUCUCUCACUACUACCUGCUGCUCUUUCAAUUUAUUGGCUUGUUCUCGUUCUUCCAGCCACCUUUGCCGAAGUGAUUGGUCUGAUGCUGAGAACAUCUGGCGUUGAUGGAUACCUGAAUGUCCAGAUUUUCACGGGGGUCAUGUAUAUUGCCUCUUUCGUGUCCAUCUGGCUUCUGAGGAGUUGGAAACUUCAACAAAUGGAAAUUUUGGGAACAAUGGAUGAUCCGCUGGCGGUCGAGGCGCCCAAUGCUGUCCAGUCGGGGGCAAAAUCAUCUGAAAACGGGCGUCCACGUUCGUACAUCAUGAAUAUGUUUGUUUUCAGGCAUGUAUAG